AUAGUGGAGGGAGAUUUCGCGCAUUUACGAUUUUUAGUCCUUUUGGAGCAGACGAUUUCCUAGAUAAAGUUUGAUUGUCAUACAAUAAUCAAUAUACUAAAAAGCAUCAACAUACAAAGACGCUCCCAUGACGAUUCAAGAUGGGGCGAAUCUUUCUGGAUCACAUGGGAGGUUCACGCCUCUUCUCCUGCGCCAACUGCGAUAGCAACCUCACCAACAGGACUGAGCUCAUCUCCACCAGGUUCACCGGAUCAACGGGGCGAGCGUACCUAUUCAACAAGGUGGUCAAUCUGUCCUACAGCGAUGUCCAGGAUCGCAUGAUGAUCACCGGACGCCACAUGGUCCGCGAUGUCUUCUGUAAAAACUGUGACACCAAGCUUGGUUGGAUGUACGAGUUUGCCACGGAGGACAACCAGCGGUACAAGGAAGGACGUAUUAUUCUGGAGAGGGCGCUCAUCAUUGAGAGUGACGGAUUCGAAGAGCGGGGCGUUGGGACUGAUAAUUAAGCCGGACAAACUUGGGUCAUGAUGGAUUGUUGUCAACUUAAGUUUGAGAUCUCGAGUGGUGUAUAGUACAGUUUUAUAAGCUUUCAAGACAAACUAGCACAGGGAAUGGGGACAGGGAAUGGGGACAGGGGUGGUUGGUUACGGUUUGUGUUUUUUGCCACAUUUUGUUUUAAAAGAAAGGGCAAUUAAUAAAGCUUCUUCUAAUCAAUGGCAUGUUCAAAUCCUGUAGUUAGCAGAGUGGGUACUGCAAACAUUUAGUACAGUUUAAAGUGUAUCUUGGAUUUAGAUUUCACCCUUGCACUGAUGUGUGGUUGUAAGCAUUUUAAAUGCUUUUCCAAGUCAAUCCAUAAGAUGCUUUUGUUAGUUUUCUACCCACAAAGCUUGUACAACUCGUAUAAUUAUAGCAGCUGAUACCGCAAAAGUUUUAAGUGAUGUAAUAAAUCCAUUAGGGAUACAAAAUAUUUUUUUGAUUUAACACCAACACUGACUUGUGAAACGCACUGUAUACAGAAAUACUGGCUGCUCCAGUUGAUUGCAUCAUGAUUAAGCUUGGGCGAUAUCACGAUAUUAUCGAAUAUUAAUUUAAUUUGGAAACGAUUUCGAUAUCGGAUGGAUU